ACCUGAAAGUCGAUUCUCGGACGCAUCACCCCAGAGACCAGACCACACACCACAGCUAUCAUGGCCGAGAAGUUUGUUGGGACCUGGAAGAUGGUGAAGAGUGAAAACUUUGAUGAUUACCUCAAGGAACUCGGUGUGAGCUUUGCUAUACGCCAGGUAGCCAGCAAAGCCAAACCGAGUGUGACCGUCUCCGUGGACGCUGAUGGAACCAUAACUCUGAAUACUGGAAGAAAAGAUAUCAAGUUCAAACUGAACGAAGAGUUCAACGAGACCACCGGUGAUGCGAGACAGACUAAAAACGUAGUGACCCUGGACAAUGGUAGAAUGGUCCAGAGGCAGACAUGGGAUGGCAAGGAGACAACCAUCGAGAGAGAGUUGGUGAGCGACAAGUUUGUCACGACAUUUAAGAUUGGAGAUGUGGUGGCAGUGAGAACAUUCGAGAAGCAAGCAUGAGUCUGUGCACCUGCAGAACUAUGACAUCUUUCUCUCUCUCUCUCUCUCUCUCUCUCUCUUUCUGUCAGUGUGUCAUGUUAUUGCUCUGUACAGUAUAUAAAUCAAGAAUCAGAAUAAAAGUUGAAUAGAUGUCA